CCUCAAACUUAUUCUUCACAGGUUCCAAGUUCACCUACCAAGAAAAUCAAACUCUCUCAUCCUACUAUCAUCAAUUCGAAUUCGAAUUCUACAACCACGAUCAAUCCACCUCAACAAACCAAGAUGAUCAUGAAAAAAAAACCCAAACCGAAAACCCAAUCAAAAACAAAACAUCAAACCAACCAGACCCCCAGCCCAUCCAAAAGUUUCCUAUCAAUCUCGAUUUCUCUAUUCCUAAAGAUCUCAAUCUGUUAUUUAUUAUUUGGAUACUUUUACUUUUGUCCAAAAGAUCCGACUCAGAACCCAUUAGUGUGUUCGAACCUAGCCGAACUUCAUUGGGCCUUAUCACCACAUCUUUCUCCUUACAUUCAAACCUACAAUCAAAAGAUUCAUCAACCUAUCCAAGCAAAAGUUUUGCCGAUUUGGAAUCAACAGGUUUUACCUGUUUGGAAUCAUCAUGUGCUUCCUUCGAUUAGUAAACUUUCAAAUCGGGUUGAAGAACUUGAACUUGGUCAAAAAAUUAAACCGGUGAUGGAUCAUUUAAAUGAUCG